AUGAGGCUUCACCUGGAGGACGCUUACGAGGAGCUCUGCGCCGAGUACAACACUACGCCGCUAUGUAGCUUCCGCAGCUCUCUGCGGAACACGUACGCUUCGCCAGAUGGCGAAGUCUUCAUGGACGGCUCUUAUGUUGAGGGCGAUCACUUCUGCGUCUUCGCCGAACUUCUUCGUCGACUGCUGCGGCAGCCCAUUGCAUUCAUCAAGCCCGCUAUCGUGCAGCUGGGUACCGUUGCGCCUCAGCUGGGGAACUCCGUCCUCUACACGCCAGAGGCGCAAGUCGGCCAAGUCUACUACGCCGUGCCGCCUCGUCUACUGCGAAUCAAGCUGCUCCUCUCGCGCAAUGUGAACAAUGCAGAUGUGGAGCGCGUGUGCCGCCUCAUCGUGGCGCAGAAGGUGUUGGACUGCGUUCCGUUUCCAGGAUCGCACAGCAACUCUACGAAAGCAAGUACACAAGCCACGGGCUCUCUGCCGAAGUUGAGCUGGCCGGAGAGAGCAGCCAUCGAAAGCAUCGACCUGCACAACUGCGUGUUUGUUUCGCUCCCAGGUGGGCGAGCCUUGCGUGCUGCCGCGCGGCGCAACGUGUACGUUCAAAACGUCUUUCUGGAGGGGUGCAGCGUGAAUGCUGCGGUGGUGGCGCAAAUAGCGCGAGCGACUCGCAGCAAUAGGGAGCAGUUUCGCCUCGUGUGUACCUCGUCCUGA